CCAAGCUACUGCAUUCAGCAGCAACAAAAUACUUGGUAGGCCUCAGUGGUCACGAUCACACUGGUGCUUCUUCGGUAUUUGCUAGCCAAUAGUCACCAUUAAGUGUUUUACGAUCGAUCUUAAAGCACAAGGACAAUCAGGUUUUAUUUUACUUUUAGCAGUCGUCUGGAGGAUUAGUAGCGUGACGCGUGCGCAACUAGCCCGUUAGCCAAAGUUAGCGGACGAACACUUAGGUCAGAAAACUUUUUGUUUUAUUAAGCAUUACACGAGAACGGAAUUGUUUUUAUUUUAUAACCAAAGCAACAUUAGUCUGGAUGAAAAAGACAACAUUUGAUUGACGGAUGUUGAGGGCGUGUUUGUUGCUGUGGACAUUAUGCAGAGCCAUUUGUUGCCGUUCUUCAUAAUAUAUUAAAGGAGUUUGAACAUAUAGCAUGUAGUUGUGUUCAUCUUAAUUCAUGCGCACUUGAAUAACUCGUAACACAGUUAUCUAGUGUUGGGUGUGUUUUUAUUCCAAAGUGAUGGUUAAGUCGGAGGCUGCCAUGGGCGCUUUGGCUGGCAAAUAUUGGAAACCACAAUCUGAACUUUGUUCUCAUAAACACUCUUGGCUAAUUUGCAAGUGAUGCACGGACCUCAGUUGUGCUGUAACUGGCCAUGGAGCAAAGAGAGGAAAAGGAGCUGGAGGAGAUCAGCCUCCGCUUGCGCAGGGACGGUCUGUCCCCCGAGGCUCCGUUGGAGGAGCGUGAGCGCCACCUGUGGCAUCUGCUCCAGUCCAGUGAGAGCAGUUUGACCUCAGCCACAGAGGACCUGCAAACUUUACGCACACAGCAGGCCAGCGAGAUGCGAGAGGUGGAAAAUUACGUGGAGCAUAUUCGAAGAAUGCUGGAGGAGCGUGAAUCUCUUACGGCGGAGUACGAGCGUGAGAACGAACAGCUUCGUGCUGAGCUCGCUCAGAUGAAACACCAGCAGGACUCGCAGUGUAAGGAGGUGGUGGAGAUGCUGGAGCAGGAGGGUCUGGCAGAGAUCAGCCAGAGCAGCGCCAGUGAGCAGGUGGCUUAUCUGCUGGUAGAGAGAGUUACGCUGCUGGAGAGACUGGAGGCUGCUGAGAGAAAGCUGGACACUCAGACACUCACCGGCAACCUCAGAGAGGUGCAUCUGCAGGAGGAGCUGGAUCGUAUCCGUCACACAAUGGAAGAGGAACUAAGGCAAACCAUGCAGCAUGCGAAGGAAAAUGUAAACAAGGAAUCAUCAGUUCAAAGUCCUUGGAGGAAGUUCUUUGGUGUGCGCAAGGCUACACUUAGAGCACAGAACCUUGUUCCUACCCACAAUGAUGAGCUCAAUAGAGAGCGCACAGAGCGUCAGAGGUUGGAGAGGGAUCUGGAAGAGGCAUCAAGUCGUCUUGCUAUGGCACAUAAAGAGAUUCGCCACCUGACGGAUGAGCUGGAUGUGGCUCGUAUGGUCCAGAAUUUGUGUGCACCAGACCUGCAGAAGACUGGAGAGGAAGUGGAGCAGUUAAAACAGGAAGUGGACAAGCUUAAACAUUGUGAUAUGGUGGAGCUGCAGAAAGCCAAGGAACGCAAUGAAAGACUGGAUGGGGAGAUUCGAGUGUUGCGGGAUAGAGUUCGCUCCUUGGACACAGAGAGGAAGACUCUUAUUGAACUGGUUGAACAAUCCAAGAUGCACUUGAAUCAAGGGAAUAAUGUCAAUCCAGAUCCCUCUCCAGCUACUCGGGAUGAGAUACUUCAUAAAAAGUGUCGGAGGGCGUCUGAAGAUAAGGACAGCCGUCUGCGGGAGCUGGAGAGGAGGUUGCAGAAACAGCAGCGAGAGCACGAGGACCUGGUGGAGAGAAACGAGGAGUUGGAGGCUCUGCUGGGGGAGGCGCAGAAUGCGGCAAAGGCCGAGCGAGAGCGACAUGAGUGUGAGAUGGAGGGCUUACAGAGAAAGAUUAAAAGUAUAGAACACGACAUGAAUAAGAGGAACACUAAGAAACCUGAGAAGAACAGUGAAGAUCAGGUUAAAGGAUCUGGCUCAGAGCUUAAAGAGAGCGUUCAAGAAAGACUUCAGUUUCUUGAAGGUCGGCUUGCUGAGGAGAAAGGUUGGAGGAAACAGCUUGAGGUGGACCUGUCCGUAGCUCAGUCUACUCUUAAAAAGGAGAAAGAGGUCAUGCAGAGAGACCAUGAGGAGCUGAAGAGGUUGCGUGUGGAGGUUCAGAGACUGGAGGCAGAAUGUCGACAGGGCAAGACACUUAACAAAAACCUCACGCAGAUUAAAGGAGAAAAGGGAAUCUUGGAAGACAAGGUGGCCCAGUUGGAGCGCGCUCAGACGCGACUUCAAGACAACCUGACACUUCAGACAGAGAACAGUCGGACCGAAGAGGACCUGAGAGAGAGCAGGGCGCAGGUGGCAGAGCUGAAGUCAAUGGUGGAAAAGCUGAGAACAGAAUUGACCCGAUUGGAGAAGGAACACAACAGACUAAGGGACGAGCUGAUGGAGAAGCGUGGUCAUGUGAUGCAGCUACAGAAGGAGCUCAGUGAGAAAGCCCAGGACAGGCUUCAGACCGAUGGAGAGAGGGAGAGACUCCUUCUGGAGCUCCAGCAUGUUAAACAGCAGCUCCAGCAGAUAGCCAGACCUUCACAAGAGCACACGACCAACCUUAUACCCAUCGCAGAGAAUGAGGGGCUGUGUCAGCUGGCCUGUGUGAAGUCAGAGAUGAGUAAACUCAACUCCACGCUGGAGGAGGAGAGACAGCUGGCCGGCCAACACCUGCUGGCCCUGCAGGCCCAGAUCAGUGAAGCUCAGGCCCGGGCUAAGGCUCAAGACUCGCUCCUGCAGCAGAAAGGAGAGGAGAACAAACAGCUAAAACAAGACUUGCAAAGAAUCCAGCACCUGUUCACCUCUGCUGAACGAGAGCUACGCUACGAGAGAGAGAAAAAUCUAGAUCUUAAGAGACACAAUGCACUGCUGGAGCAAGAGAAGCUCAAGCUAUGUGCAGAGCUGAAGCAGGCCCAGGCCAAAGCGUCCCAGCUGGAAGGAAGUACAUUAGAGCAGCUGGCAGAGCUGGAGAAACUGCAGCAGAGGGCCAGAGAUCUGGAGCUGGAGAUGGCCAGAAGCUCUCAGAGCAGACAGACUAACAGCAGCUUAAUGGAGGAGCUGAAUGCAGAGCGGGCACGCGUGAUCGCUGCCGACAAGAAGGUUGUAGAUCUGCAGCAGCAGCUGAAGAACACCCUGCACCAGCUGCGUCUGGAGGAGGCCCGAGCAGGAGAGACCAGCCAACUGGAAAGAGACACCAGAGAUAUGUCUGAUAACCUUUCUGCCCUCAGAGCCAGAAUGCAAGAGGAACAGCUGCAGAGGAAAUUGCUUGAGCAGAAAGAUGAGGAACUCCAGCAGCAGGUGCGUUCGUUGCGGGUGAAGGAGGCGAAUCUGACGCGUGCCAACUCUGAACUGUCUCAUCGCGUACAUGAGCUGGAGACUCGGCUGCAGGUGCUGGAGAGUGAACUCGACACGUCCAGAGAUGAGCAUAAACUCAGUCAGAGGAGCUGCCAUAGGCUUGAAGAGCAACUUCUCUCCUCUCAGCACGAGUCUGAGAGACUGCAAGAGGAACUCAAACUGGUCGUCCAGCAACUUGACAUUAACAUCAGGAGACACAUUGAGAAACAGUCCCAGCAUAAAACCAAGUUACGCAGCGCUAAACAGAUCUUCAUGAAGACAGUAACGCAACAUGAACACAGGAUCCAGCAGCUGGAGAAUGAUCUGGCUCUAGCAACAAGCCUCUCAGAGAAGGAGAAGGACUGGAUUAGGACCGUGACGGAAGAAAAUGACCAGCUUCUCCUGGAGAGACGAGAACUUCUGCAGCGUAUAAGUGAGGCAGAAGAGAUGGGAAACAAUGGACUGAGAACAGCCACUACCAUCCAGCAGAGGGUUAAAUUCCUGGAGAUGGAGAAUAAACAGCUGCAAGAUAAAACACUAACACUGGCCAAUCACAUAGGAAUUUUAGACCGUGCUUUGAGAAAGCUUCAGUCUGUGUGUACUGCUGAGGAGGUGAAGAAAAUGUUUCCUUCUGGAGCCGAUGGUCUGUUGCGGACGUCCUCUCCAAGUCCAAUACAUGGGCUCUGUGACUCGUGGGGAAUAUUAGAUGCCAUUCGCAAAGUGGGCGAGCCUGGAGUGAAGAGCCUGGAGAUCUCACCUGUGCCCAUCUCGCAAUCCACUGAGGUGGGUUACCUAAACGUGACCUCGCCUGUGGCUCCCAACCCCAGAUCAGAGCAGGGAGAGCGUCUCAGUGCCACCAGUGAUGAGACCUAAGAGACUUACAGUGUCUGACAGUUUGAAAAGGAAGACCGGCGCGUGAAUGAAAUACCACUUAAUGGAAGAAAAAAGCGAGCAAGGAAGUGCAGGGAAGCUCAGAUGAGUGAGAUGCGGAUGGGGAUGCCAG